AUGUAUGCUGUUGACGCUCUCGAGCACUCGCACAUCUACCGUACCCCCGACUGGGCCCAGCUUCCCGAGAAUCUCCUGGCCCAGGGCCGGGCAUUUGCAUACGAGCGCUUCAGCAGCGUGCAGAGACUUGACUAUGCAGCGCGGGCCGUCCACCUGACAUCCGGAGAGCUGGCUCGCGCGGUGCAAGUGACCAAGCACACGCUGGUGGACGUCCACCUGAGUGGCACGUGCAGCGGCAUUGAAGUGGCACCCCUGCAGGAGUGCGUGCAUCUGCGCCGUCUGUCCUUCAGCGACACAGAUGUCAGGGAUGUUGCUCUGGCAUCGCUGCUCAGGCAUCUGCCCGAGCUCGGGCACCUGGGUCUCUCCCACUGCUAUCACCUUCGGGGGGACUUCCUGUGCAUCCUGGAUGCCUGCCCCCUCCUGACUUCCUUGGCAAUCUACCACUGCGGGAUGCACAUCACGGAACUGGCUCUGCAAGCGGUGGCCCAGCUCAGCCACCUGGAAGUCCUGAGUUUGGAGUUUUGCGACUUGCUGUUCCCACCCAGCUCCCUGCAGGCCACGCUGGAGCAUCUGGGGAGCCUGAGGUCAUUCUCCAUGGCCGGCAACACAGCAUUUACCAACGACUACCUAAAAUGUGUGGCGGGCAGCCCCUGCGCCCCUUUGCUGGAAGACCUGGACCUGUCGCGGACCAGCAUCUCCACCAUGGGCGACCCGGGCGCGUGGGUCUUGCUGCAGCACUUCCCCUCCCUGCGGCGCCUGCGCCUGGCCGACUGCAGCCUGGUCCAGGGCGUGGAUGCCAUGGCCGCGCUGCUGUGGCGCCUGGGUUCGCUGGAGGCGCUGGACCUCUGCCGCGCCCCCGGGCUGAACGCCGAGGCGCUGCGCCUGGUGCUGGCCGCCAGCGGCGCCGGGCUGCGCGAGCUGGCGCUGGAGCUGCCCUCCCGCUGGCGCGCGCCGCUGCCCCCGCCCCACCCGGGGCUCGCGCUGCGCGCUCUGCACCUGGACGCCGGCGGCGUGGGCGCGGCCAGCGUGCUGCCCAUCCUGCGCGCCUGCGCGCCCACCCUGGUCCGUCUGUUCGUCGCCUUCUCGCUGGCGCGGCGCGACGCCACGCCAGACGCCGUGGCCGGCGCGCUGGGCACGCUGCGCGGCCUGUGCGAGCUGACGCUGCAGGGGUGCGCUGGACUGCACGAGGGGCACCUGGCCACGCUGGGCACGCUGACCGACCUGCGCCGCCUGCAGGUGCACGCGCAGCGGCGGCCCCGGGUGUGGUACCCGGAGCUGGCGGGGCUGGGGCGCCUGCAGGCCCUGGCCAGCCUGAGCCUACAGGGCUUCCGCCCCGACCCCGCCGACCUCCCGGGCCUGCGCGGCCUGCGCUUCCUGCGCCUCGACGCCUCCGCCGACGCGUUCUGGAUGCGGCGCGCGGCGGCCGCGGGGCCCUGCCCCCAGGUGCGCACCUUUGCCCUCAUCGGGUGCAUGGAACCCGAGUCGCUAGACUGGCUGGCCCAGGCCUUCCCGGGCCUGCAGGACCUGGGCGUGGCCUGUGCCGGCACGAUGGCGCAGGAGCAGCUGCUGCCUCUCCGCCAGCUCCCCCGCCUCCAGCACCUGAGCGUCGGGAACACUGCCAUGGCGCGUGCGCACCAGAUGGACUGGAUCUGGACGGACUUCCCGGCGCUGGAGUACUUUGGGACGUCGGGAUGUGUGCACUCUGAACCCAAGGUGGAGGAGGACUGUGUCAUGCAGGCACAGCUGGCAGCGGAGGAGUAG